AUGGCACCAAGCGAAUACUCCACCCCCGGUGGAGGCGGCAAACUAAAACUGAAAGGCUCCAAGACCAGCAACGGUCGAAUAGAGAAGAAAAAGAAGAAGAGCAGCAGCAGCAAGAAAUCGUCCGUCCCAGGUAGUGGAGAGGAGAGUGAGCAGCAGAAUCAGCAGGAGCAGCAACUUACAACAACAACAUCAGCAACUGCAAGUGGUGCUGAAGAGGAACCUCGCACUGAUGAAUAUGAACCUUCCUCAGCAUCUGGCUCUGCGGGAGCUGGGAAGACCGAAGCGGAGAGGAAGUAUGAGGAGAUGAGGCGGAAGAGGCUGCAAGAGCGCCUGAAACGAGAAGGGGUCAAAACUCACAAAGAGCGCGUCGAAGAAUUAAACAAGUAUUUGAGCAGACUAAGUGAACAUCACGACAUGCCAAAAAUUGGACCGGGCUAA